AUGUCCUGGCAAGCUUAUACGGAUAAUCUAUUGGCUACUGCUAAAUUAGACAAAGCUGUUAUUUACUCUAGAGCAGGUGAUUCUGUUUGGGCUACAUCUGGAGGAUUAACUUUACAACCAAAUGAAAUCCAAGAAAUUGUAACUGGAUUUGACAAUCCAGCUGGUUUACAAAGUAACGGUUUACAUAUUCAAGGACAAAAAUAUAUGCUGUUAAGAGCCAGUGAUAGAAGUAUAUAUGGUAGACACGAUGCUGAAGGUGUUAUUUGUGUUAGAACUAAGCAAACUAUUUUAAUUGCACAUUAUCCAGGCACUGUCCAAGCUGGUGAAGCUACUAAGAUUGUUGAACAAUUAGCUGAUUACUUAAUUAGUGUUCAAUAUUGA